AUGAAGAAGCACUAAGAAAUGGCAAAGAAUCAAUUGAUGGUAAAAGAGAAAUAAUAAAUAAAAUUCUUCAUCAACAUAAGACUUGUGAUAUUGUGGGACAUGAAGGUAGGAUAUAUCUGUAUGAGGUAGAUGGACGCAAAGCUCGUGAUAAAGCCUUUGAAAAUCUACAGCCAGGUUCAGACCUAUAUAAGAUAGCUCAAGCAUUAGAAGAUAAUGCAUAUCAAAUCAAAGUUCCAUUGAAGUGGUAUUGCUUUGGUGUCCUUCUCCAUGAUGUUGCUAAGGAAGGUUGUGGUGUUUUGAGCUUAUCUUACUGUCAAGAGCUUGGCCAACAAUUAAAAGUUAAUUUGUCGCCUAAAGAAUCGUUAAGUGCUAUCAAGUUUCUGAGUUUUCUUAAUAGAUUGCUCUUUUACCCUGAUUCAACUGCUGCAUGUGAUCUUGUUUUUGUUAAUAUAGAGAGUCUCAUUAACAUUCUUAGAGAUUUACUGGUGUUUGUCUAUGAUGCUCAUUCUGAUGCAAAAUAUCUACUUCCUGAUCAAAAAGCACUCGUGUGUAAAGGUCAUCUCUCUAUUGAAAUCCUUAGAAAGGCGUCAAAAAGUUGUAAUAAAAUAUCACAGGCAUUUCCUAAUUUUGAUAAAAAGUUACUUGGCCUUUUCGAAUACCUUUUGAUUGCUGCACAGCUAGAUCUACUUGAGAAAGAUACUUUCUUCAUGCCAGCUCUUCUACCUAUAAGGGAUUUGUCUAACAUCAACCCCUACCCUAGCACAACACCUCUUUUGUUGUAUUUUGAGAGUGCUAUUCCAAUGGGUCUCUUUUGUGCAGUCAUUGUUCAUCUUCUCUCUCACACUAAGUCUCCCUGGAAGGUUGUUGAAGAGUCAAACUUUUCUAACUUUUUCAGCCUAAGCCGACCAGGCUAUCUUGAGGGCAGGCUUAUUCUUGUGGAGCAACUUGACUGUAUUGCACUUUAUUGCAAAUCAGCUAACGAUUAUAUUCCAGCAAGAGAUGCUGUAGAAGAAGCAGUUGAUGUAGCAAUGUCAAAGCAUAAACUUAGUAUGUGUGAGAAGCCAAAACAAGGAUUUUACUGUCCCUGUGGUAAAGGAAGGCAUGCAGCUCAAGUUAUAUGGCUUAUACCACAACAACGUUACAUUUUGAGUUGUACCAUUGAUGAGGAAUCUCAAGAUAUUCCUAAUGACUGCUGGAAAUGGCUAAGAAAACAAAAACAUGAUGAGCUACAGCAUUUACCUGAAAUUCUUGACACAAAAAUUGCAUCUAAAGUUCUUUUAGAUAAAUCAGAAGAAAUUAGAAACUAUUUUGCUCGAGAUUUUUCGCAAAUUGCAGAGAAACUGCUUCAGAAGGAGGUGAUCACUGUAUCAGAGAAAAAUAGUAUAACUGAUCGAAAUACUGGACAAAGCGAGUAUCAACGAAUGGAUGAUUUACUGAAACUUGUAAGAGAUUCAGUGGGGGUUGAAGCUUCUAUUUUUUCAAUUUUUGUUGAAAUCCUUAAAGAAAAAGGGACUUUAGCUGCUAAGAAGCUCGCUGAAGGACUAACAAAAAGAUAUGACGAACUGUCAUCUGAUGCUAUUCUGGAGCCUUCUUCAAAAAGAGCCAAACGCUGUGAACAGGAUUAGUUUAUUUAUUGACAUAAUUUUUGAAAUAUACUGUUUUAGCAAUGACAGUGUGUGCACAGUUUUGUGUUACCAUGAUGAUCAUCAUUUCAGGGCAUCCCUGGCAUCAGAAA